UCUAGGCUCGAAACGUCAGCUUUUGUGCUCCUGAGAUGCUGCUUGGCCUGCUGUGUUCAUCCAGCCUCACAUUUUAUCUUGGAAUCUCCAGCAUCUGCAGUUCCCAUUAUCUCUAACACCUGAAGAGAGCCUUUUUUUAAAAGAGGUUCAAGUCUUUUUCUGCUUCCGAUUUUAGCCAUAGCUCGUAAUGCAGAGCGUGAGGACUGUUUGCUGUGACAAGUCGAGAGAAGGACAGGAUGACCGGCCCGCUGAGAAUUCAAAUGACUGCGAUUCCAAAUGGGUGCACGGGAGAAGAACCCAAUAAACAAGUUUGCCAUGUCUACAAAUUGCCAUGCAAGCAAAAGCUGCCCGAUCCCCACCAAAGUUCUAAUGAAGGAUCUGUCCCAGCUGCCAGACUUGUACAGCAGUACACCGGGCGGCACCUUGUUUUCCACCACUCCCGGAGGUACACGGAUUGUCUACGGCCGCAAAUUCUUGCUGGAAUGUAGAAAUUCUCCACUUGCUCGGACACCGCCAUCCUAUCUUCCUCAGAUCCCCGGUGUAACUAUGCCACAACACUCAACUCUAGCUAAAGUUGACGAACUCAAAGAACUUGAAGCAGAGACAGAGAAAGAAACUCCAGCUGAUGAUGCUCAAUUUGAAAUGGAUAUUUAAGCUGUCUCCUGGAAGAAAAGGAUUGUUCUCUUGACAGAAGCAGUUUUUGUUUGAGGAGCAAUUAACCUGAAAAUUUGUGAAGCUGAUGUCUUCAGCAGUGGAAGUAUAAUACUUUGUACAUUCACUAAUUUUACAGUUGGGGAAGGGUGAUUAAAUUGGUGCUUGUUAUUACAUGCUGCUUUUCUGCAGGAGAUAUUGUAAACUUGUCUUUUGCUAAAAGUUUGGAUUAAUGGUUGACUUGGUCUUUAAUUCCUUCUUACUGGCUUUACAAGUUUUUAACUGACUGUAAAGGAUCCAGUAGCCCAUAUCAUCUCGCUGCAAUAAGACUGGUGACCUAGUGUAUCUGGUGUGCUGAUUUAAUCAUUCAAAAAACACCCUACAUUCUCGAGCAGUUCUAACUUGAAUAUGCUGUGGUGGGCAUAACUGUGAAUUAAUAACAGCAUGGGAAAUGGGUGGUAUAUUGAUCCUGCUGUUAAUGGUGCAGGUUUUGUUAUGGUUGUAAUUGGAGUGCUGACCUCAAUAAGGAUCCUGCAAUAUUAUUGCCUUGUAUCUGAGAUUCUUAUGUAAACCACAUUUAUGUACACAAAACUGUAAAUAAAGAAAGAACAUACUUACA